UAAUGUCACGUGACCACGGCGACUUGGAUCACCCGCAGCAGGCAGGCUGUCCAACGAGUCAUGGUCUGGCAGCACACAGUAACGCUCCUGAAACACGCCCUCUGGUCGAUAUAAGGUUGGGAGCUAGGUAUGUAAAACGAAUGUGGCCACUCGACUUGGACCAAACGUCGCUCUGACAGUUACUGCUCGAUGCGGUGAUUCCGUGAAGAGGGUUCCGGUAACCAGGAGGAAAUCACUGGUAACCUGCAGCUAAUCAUGACACAGGACCCCUGAUAGCAUCAUCAUCUUCUGUCUGGGUGGUACUGAAUAACGGAACUGGUUACCUGGGGCGAAGCGCAUCACCAGACAUCGAAAUAUUGCCUGAGAGCAAUACAACGUAUAGAAGAAAAUAGGAAAGAAUAAAAACAAGGCGAUGAGCACGACUUUCCAGUAAAAAAAGCAUAAUGAAAAGAUAACAUACACUUCAUAAUUCCCGUUUCCUGGAAACCAACAACGGGGGCCCAAAAACGAAUCUCACAAUGAAUGCUACAUCUCAGGAACCCAUCCCUGCUUUUAGCAAAGUUGUCAUCGGGUUCAUUUCUUCAUCUAUGAUAAUAGGAACUGUGGGCAAUUCGCUUGUCCUGUACGCGUUUAAGGGGGAAACGUCGGCUUUUAACACUCUUCUGACAGUGCUGGGGGUCUUCGAUAUCCUCGCAUGCAUAUUCCACAUGCCGCUUGACAUUGCUUCUAUCUACAACCCUAAACUGUUACCCAACAUGGCGAUUUGUAAGAUGUCUUGCUUCAUGAUCGCCUUCACCGCCAUUGGUUCCGCUGUACUACUAGUUUCCAUAGCAACGAUUCGUUACAAAGCUGUAUGUCAUCCCCAUUCGGCCAACAUGUCUGUCAAUCAUGCCAAAAUCGUUGGUGUUGUUGCUUUCUGCAUUGCCCUUACUCUAGCAUCCCCUGUCCCCCUCAUCUUUGGAGUAUCGGAGUUGGAACUCGAUGGCGUGGUCCACAUCUUCUGUGGGGUUCAGAAUGCAUAUAUUAUGACCCCAUAUCCCUUGGCGUUCUACGUCGUAUUAGGAUCGCUGUUUAUUCUAAGUCUCACAAUCCUCACAGGUUUGUACGUCUUCACAGGACGGGAACUAUGGAAGAAGAAAAAAGCCUUCGCUUCAACUAAAAUUUCCACCAAUCAAGUAAACCCAUCAGUCUGUGUCAGUGACCUCCAAGGACAGCAGGUCACAACACAAAACACUUCAAAAACGUCAGUCACCAAAGGCGACAAAGGGUACGAGAACACGCAGCAGGGAGACAAAGCACGAAAAAACACGGUCAACCGUAAAAGCGUCACUGUGUCCCCCAACGUUCAGAAAAACCGGAGGACUCAGAAGACGUUCCUAAUGAUGUUCUUGGUGUCUGUAGUAUUUUUUCUCAGCUACACUCCACAUUUGUUCCUCGUGUUCUACUUCAUGGCUUUCAACAUGGCGGCGUUUCCGGCGCAUGCGCUGUCUCACUGGUACGGUGUUGCCAUGAGAUCAUUCUUCAUCAACAAUGUGGCGGAUCCUUUCAUCUAUGGCUUCUACAGUCAAGACUUCAGGAAGAACAUUAAAACUAUUCCAACGAAAUUAAAGCAAAUAUGUUGUUCAAAAUUUUAAAUGAUGAUUGAAUUUGAAAAGCUUAAAGGAAUCCUCGUACAAUUGUGGUAAUAUGUGUUCUGGUGAUUGUAAAUGGGUAAAAGAUGAUAGGGGGCACGGGUGGCCCAGUCGUCUAAGGCGCCGCGAUUCGCUGUGCAGAGUUGCGUCCCUUGGCCACGCCAGAAACCUAUGAUUGUGGGUUUCGAAUCCCGGUUCGCCCCGAUUAU